UUGCUCAGUCACACCCACCUUCCUUCCACUCCCUUCAGUAAACCAAAGCCACUUCCUUCAGACCUGUUCCGCUCUGUUCGUGUCGACUGUCCAGAGUCCACGAACCAGCUCCUAUCUCAGGUGACCAGCCUAAAGCGUCUCAUCCACAUUCCAGCCAUCUCUGCUGCUCUGCUCAGACAUGUCCCUCUAUAGUUUUGGUAUUGAGCCUCUCUCCUGCCACGCCUGGAACAAAGACAGGACUCAAAUUGCUGUGAGUCCUAACAACAAUGUCGUGAACAUCUAUGAGAAGAAAGGCAAGGACUGGAUGAAGAUCCAUGAGCUGACGGAGCACAGUGGGCGUAUCACAGGGGUUGACUGGGCACCAGAGUCCAACCGUAUUGUGACGUGUGCCUCGGAUCGGAAUGCCUACGUGUGGAGCCUGAAAGAUGGCGUGUGGAAGCCCACCCUGGUCUUGGUGCGUAUCAACCGUGCAGCGACCUGUGUGAAAUGGUCUCCUCUGGAAAACAAGUUUGCCCUGGGCAGUGGAGCUCGACUCAUCUCUGUCUGCUACUUUGAAAAGGAGAAUGACUGGUGGCUGAGCAAGCACAUCAAGAAGCCAAUGUGCUCCACAGUCCUGAGUCUGGACUGGCAUCCUAACAACAUCCUCUUAGCCGCUGGGUCAGCAGAUCUUCACUGCAGGGUUUUUUCAGCCUACAUCAAGGACAUCGAGGAGAAACCUGGACCCACGCCCUGGGGUUCCAAGAUGCCGUUCGGGGAGGUGAUGCUGGAGCUUAAGGACUGUGGUGGGUGGGUACACGGAGUUUCCUUCUCCCCCAGUGGAGACCAGCUGGCCUGGGUGGCCCACAACAGCAGCAUCAGUGUGGUGGAUGCAGCUCAAGGCAAGGAGGUGACCCAGCUGACCACUGACCACCUGCCACUCCUGAGUGUCCUAUUCGUCAGUCCCACUGAGAUCGUUGCUGCGGGACACAACUGCUGCCCCUACCAGUUCACAUAUAAAGGUCCUGGUGCUCUGGAGUUUGUGAAGAAGCUGGACAUCCCCAAGCAGACAUCUAAGGGCAGCAUGUCAGCCAUGCAACACUUCCGCAACCUGGACAAGAAGGCCACAGAGGAGGACAGCAACGAGCUCAACACGCUCCACCAGAACAGCAUCAUGCAGCUGUGCAUCGUGUCGGGGGAGAAAGGCAAAGUGGAGAAGUUCAGCAGCGUGAGUCUGGACGGAGCCGUGGGGAUCUGGACUUUUAAGCACUGAUGUAAGUUCUGGAGGCGCCGGUGGCCCGAUCGGCUCUGUUCGUUCUGGAUUUCUGUGAACCUGGUUUCAUGUGAAUAAAGAGCCUUUUGAACUGA